GCGCCGGGCAUCUUGCGACGGACAAAUGGCAGUAUAAAACGCGGCACCGCGGCACUCUGUGUCAGUCACAACUGUCAGUGCCUUACACACUGACGUGCACGUUCUGAGCAAGGUAAAGUGGUGGUAGCACGUCUUGGAAGCGAGAGUCUGCAGAUCUGUCCGAAAGAUUUACCCCCACUCCCAGUCAUCAUGUCUUCUGCAGCCGUUGUCUUCGUUCAGGUACUCGCCUUUUCCAUGGUCUCCCAGACUCUCGGCGGUGGUCAGUUCGGAUACGGUGGUGGACUUGGUGGCGCCUUUGGUCCUUCCUUCGCCGGCACAUUCGCACGGCAAGAACAGUAUUAUCCACCGCAACCGUACAGCUUCGGCUACGACAACGUUGACCAGUACGGCACCAAGUCCUACCACAAAGAACGAGGUGACGCCUCCAACACCAAGACGGGCAUGUACGGCUACUCGGACGCCAACGGCAUCUUCCGCCAGGUGAAGUACAUCGCUGAUGCUGGCGGAUUUCGCGCAAAGAUUGACACCAACGAGCCGGGAACCGCCCCUGGAGCCAGUGCCGACGCGGUCUACAAUGCGAACCCUCUCCCCGCUGGCCCGCAGUACCGCAUCAUUGGUGGCUCCUCUCCCUACUCCUCUAGCUACACGAGCGCCUCCUCUUCUGGCCCUUGGUCUGGAUAGUCAAGAGUGUGACGUGGGGAACUGUUUGCUGAAUAAUUGUUCCGGCCUCUGACGCCGUUCCUUUGUCAAAGGAACAGGCG